AUGAACCCCACCAUCACCAUCUACCCUACAUCUAACCAUCUACCCGACAUCUACAGUCUACCCACACACACUACAGCUACCAGACCCUACAUGUACCAUCUACCCCUACACACCAUCACCACACACACACCCACAUCUACCAUGUACCCCACACUACAGACCACUACCCACACCGACCAUCACCCCCACAUCUACCCACGACCUCUACAUCUACCAUCUACCCUACUCUACCAUCUACCCAAGCGACCACACCACAACCAGCACCCCACAGCGAUCCACUACCCCUACACUACCACACCCACACUACCAUCGACCCCCUACAUCCACACCACACCCCUACAAUCUACCAUACUACCACCUCAUCUACACACAUCUACCCCUACAUCUACCAUAGCACCCCUACACGACAAUCUACCCGACAAUCUGAACCCACCGCCACAUCACCAUCACCCACACACAUGCACCUACCAUCCGGACCCCACAUCUACCAUCUACCCGCCUACAAUCAACCAGUACCCCACUACAUCUACCAUCACCUCUACAUCUACCAGUAACCCCACAUCACCACACCCCACUACAGACCCACGACAGUCUACCACACCACACCACGCCCUACAGUCACCACACCCACGCAAUCACCAACACCCCCAACCAUAUACCCGAAUCACCCUACCCACACGACCAGGACCCGACAGCACCAUGACCCCUACUGUACCAUCUACCCACGCACCCAAGACACCCCGACUCGACCACGACCCCACACACCAGCACACACACACCCAUACCGACCCUACCAUCUACCCUACCCUACCCCCAGUACCCGACAGCACACACCACCCCACAUCACCACGAGACCCCUACAUCGACCAGAGACCCCGUACACGACCACUAGCACCGUACCCCACACCCUACACUACCCCUACAUACCCGAACACACCACACCCCGACACCACCACACCCCACACCAUCUACCCUCACCCCUACUCGACCAGCGACCCUGAACCUACCAUCUACCACGACCCCACAUAA